AUGUCAUCCAAGGAGGCUUUUAGCAACUACAGCCUUGCCGGAUCCAUCUCUCGCCGCUACCAGUACCAACUUGCCCUCGCUUUGCUGUACUCCAGGCGCUUCAACUUCCGGUUGUUGGAGAGCCAUGGCCAUGGCUUGUGGGGUAUGGUUGGAGAGGACCUGUUGAAAGGCCUUUCAGACCGAACCUUAGUCGUUCCACAACUCAACUAUACGUCGUCCAUCCAGACGAACGCUCUCUCACCCGAGACAUCGAUCGACACCGUAGUCCCACCCAGCUAUAAGGAGCUGAUCCCCGACUUCACCGGUCUUCUCAUCUGCGCCAGAGACAGGGAUAAUCUCGAACACGCAUUUUUCCGCGAUAACCUUUCCGCCCACUCCAUGCCAAUCCCCCAAUUCGACGAGGGCAUAGAUUUCAGCACCGUCCCUCGCGGCUACACAGUAAUCCACAAGGGGUCGCGCCCCAACGCAUGGGAGACUCUGAACUGGCAUCUCUUCAAGCUCGGUGCCGUCAUUACCUUGAUCCUCUUUGAGCUCAAGCGUCCCCCGAGCCGCCGAAUGCCGUAUGCCUCUCUAUUCUUCGAGAGUCUCAAUUCCCAGAUGUCUGAAGCCCAAACAGCGGCAGUCAAGCAGGCCCUUCUUGUUUUCAGGAUCGAGCGGCAUCGAGAGUGGAUCGUCUCGUUCGCCGUCGUUGGUGAAUGGUGGACUUUCAGGAUCUCCACCUCCCCCAAGCACCGCGCGAAGGCACCGACAUUCAAGGGCAGAGGCUAUGAGUUUCUCGACGAGGAUAACUCUCCUCGCGCUGCCCCCAAGCAAGCCAAAACGGUACCCGCCCGUCCGCGCACGGCUUUACCGGAGGGCUUUAGGCAGGCUUCUGCCAGUCCCAAGCCUGUUAAGAUUCCCGGACCCCUCAAACCCACCGCCCUGCAAACUACCACCGUUCCUCCCUCGAUUUCUGAGCAAACGACUUCCACUCCCACCCCUUCCCCGACUGGCAGUCAUACUCCUACUUUUAAUCCUACCACUCCCCCCGUUCCUACUACACCAGUGUCAUCCACCACCGCUGCGGCGGGGGACGGCAUGCAAACUGAUCCCAAAGCACAAUCUGCGUAUCUGCACAUCGCCGGACGGGGUUCAUUCUCCGGGUUUUCCGAUGCAGUCCCCGCCGCUCGACUCAGUAUCAAUCUUGGAAAGAUUGUUUCCGAAAUGAACACUGGGAGUCAACUGUCGGCCCAAACAAUCAACGUCGACGAAGAUUAUUCCUCCGAAGAGUCAGAUUGCGAAGACGGGGAUGCCGAGUUUAACAAUUUCCCAGUUUUCGACCCCGCCAACCCGGAAGCUGACCAUGAAGGACUCGGAAAGGAUGAAGAAAAGGCCCCAAGUCAACAGGAGGGUGGAGGCGAGAAACCGGCAUUGACUUCCGCCCCAGGCUCCACACAUGCCGGCGAUGAAUUCGCUCGUGACUCCUCCGCCGAGCAAGGGCUGGAGCCUCAGAGUCCUCCAGAAGUUGGGUCCGAGCAGCCUGAGCACCCUCUCGACGAGACCCGUCAGUCGCCUGCCGGUAAACCGAAGAAGAAAAAAGUUGAAAAGAGCCCGCAUCCCAUUCGCUAUCUUCAACACGACCUAGACGGUCGUCAGGAAACGUUCGUCUGGAAGCUCAGGGACGCGAUACCUCCGUCAGAUCAAUGGAGCGACAUCAUCCUUUUCGGCACACCUGCAUCGAAUCAGCGGUUGUAUCUUCUCAGAGAGAUCCUUAAAAGAGAGAUCAAGAAUUUAGAGAAAAGAUACAAGCCGCAUGACAUACCUUCUCCUCACGCGACCAUACUCUGACCGACAUGGUUCCCCAGACCCAGCGCGCCCCUCUUUCUUCCGUAUCACUUACCUGUAAAACAAUACCAUGUACCUAUGCGUUUUCAAUUUGGAUUCUCGCUUCUCU